AUGGUGUAUAGACUUGCUUUCCAUUCGAUGUCGUUUUGCUGUUUCUCUAACCCUGUUGUGUUUACCGUCGUGGCGAGCAUUCUGGCCGCCGCAAAAUACCCUUACAGCACGUGUCGCGGUUUGGCCGGUAAGCGAGCUGAAAAACGAAAGAAGCUCCUUGCGAAUCCGCGAUGCGGUUGUACGAGCCUAAAGAAAAAUCGGUCAUUACAUGUACUAAAUUUUACUAUAAAUGUGUGUAAGGAAGAGGCAUUUCCAGUCGUGAUCGACGAACAGCUUGUGGCCAAUCAGGAAAGAAAUUGGCGGCCAUCAAGCGGAAUUUCUGACAUAACACGCAAGGGAAGAGGAGGCGCUGCUUCUUGCGGGCGUGACGAAUCGCAGCGCUUCGACCAAAACGGUGAUUAG